AUGUUUUUGAUCUUGUUGUUGAUGAGCCUGUAGUUGCUUCAGCUAAUAUACUUGCUGUUGUUGCUACUAGUAUUCUUGCAGUUAUUACUGCUAGUAUGCUUGUGGUUGUUACUGCUGGUAUGCUUGUGGUUGUUGCUGCUAGUAUGCUUGCGGUUGUUACUGCUAGUAUGCUUGUAGUUGUUACUGCUGGUAUGCUUGUGAUUGUUACUGCUGGUAUGCUUGUGGUUGUUGCUGCUGGUAUGCUUGCAGUUGUUGCUGCUGUUGUUCUUAUG